AUGAAAAUUGGGUCCAGCGUGGCCAUCCAGAGUUCCUGGAAGCUGGGCAGAGAGGUGAUCGGAUCACAAGAGUUCACUGCUCAGCACUGGAUGUUAUUCGGCUGGGUCCACAGACCACCAGAAGAGGACUCCACUCUUUCCAGGGUGUCCGACCGCUGCAACUAUGUCUUUGUCAAUGGCAAAGAGAUAAAAGGCAAGAUGGAUGCAGUGGUGAACUUCACGUACCAGUACCUGAGUGCCCCCCUGCACAUCACCGUGUGGGUGCCCCGGCUACCCCUGCAGAUCGAAGUCUCUGACACAGAGCUCAGCCAGAUUAAGGGCUGGAGGGUUCCCAUCGUGGCCAGUAAAAGGCCCACACGAGAGAGCGAGGAUGAGGAUGAGGAGGAGCGGCGGGGCCGGGGCUGUGCCCUGCAGUACCAGCGUGCCACCGUGCGGGUCCUCACCCAGUUUGUGUCUGAGGGUGCAGGCCUGUGGGGUCAGCUGAGCCACCUGCUUAGUCCCGACUGGCAGUUCGACAUCACCCACCUGGUCACAGAAUUCAUGAAGUUGGAGGAGCCUCACGUGGCCACACUCCAGGACAGCAGGAUCUUGGUCGGGCGGGAGGUUGGGAUGACGACCAUCCAGGUGUUGUCCCCACUGUCUGACGCCAUCCUGGCAGAGAAGACAGUGACCGUGUUAGAUGACAAAGUGUCGGUCACAGACUUGGCCAUCCAGCUCAUGGCUGGGCUGUCAGUCAACCUCCACCCCAACACAGAGAACAGCAAGGUCAUCACGGCUGUGGCCACAGCUGAGGAGCUGCUGCGGACUCCCAAACAGGAAGCCAUGGUCAGCACGUGGCUACAGUUCAGCGAUGGCUCUGUGACACCCCUGGACAUCUAUGACACCGAGGACUUCUCUCUGGCUGCCACCUCCCUGGAUGAAGCCGUCCUGUCAGUCCCCCAGGCCCGCUCCCUCAGGUGGCCCAUUGUGGUGGCUGAAGGGGAAGGCCAAGGGCCACUGGUCCGAGUGGACAUGACGAUUGCAGAGGCCUGUCUGAAAUCCAAACGCAAGAGCGUUCUGGCCGUGGGCGUCGGCAACGUCAGGGUCAAGUUUGGACAGAAUGACGCUGACUCCAGCCCCGGUGGGGACUAUGACGAGGAUGAGAUCAAGAACCACGCCAGCGACCGCCGGCAGAAGGGUCAGGACUACGAGCGCACAGGCCAGGAUGGGCACUUCUACGGGAGCUCUUCCAUGGAGCGCGAGGAAGGGGCUCUCCGGAGAGUCACCACCACAACCAAGUCUCUGCUGGCCAACAAAGUGCUGAAGAACAGCCGGGGGGACGGGGGCAGGCUGCCCGGGGAGGGGCAGCUGCAGAACAUCCCCAUCGACUUCACCAACUUCCCUGCCCAAGUGGACCUCCCCAAGGCCGGGGCUGGGCUGGAGGAGAACGACUUGGUGCAGACUCCCCGGGGCCUGAGCGACCUGGAGAUUGGGAUGUACGCCCUCCUGGGGGUCUUCUGCCUCGCCAUUCUCGUCUUCCUGAUCAAUUGCGCCACCUUUGCCCUGAAGUACAGGCACAAGCAGGUGCCCCUGGAAGGUCAGGCCUCCGUGACCCACUCUCACGACUGGGUGUGGCUCGGCAAUGAGGCCGAGCUGCUGGAGAACAUGGGAGAUGCGUCGCCGCCCCAGGAUGAGCGCACGACCAUCAUAGACCGCGGGCUGGGGGGCUACGAGGAGAGCAACCACCUCCUCCUCAACGGUGGCUCCCCAAAACACGUGCAGAGCCAGAUUCCCAGGUCGGCCGGCUCCGGGGGGAGGCAUGGCAGAGAGCAGAAACAGGAGCCCCUGCACUCGCCCACAUCCAAAAGGAAGAAGGUGAAGUUUACCACUUUCACCACCAUCCCCCCGGACGAUGGCUGCCCCACCGUGAACUCCAUCCUCAGCAGCCAGGACGAGGACAUCAAGUGGGUGUGCCAGGACACGGAAGCGGGUGCUCCCAGGGAACUGAGACACUAUCUGGAGAAGUUCAGAGACAAAGUGUAGGGGCCAGCCCAGAUGCCUGCCUUCAGUUCCACGGUAGAUUUUGGUGCCAGAAAUUGUCCAGAGUGGACAGAAGGAUUUCUUAGUGGGGUUGAGUGGGCAAGGCUGGGGUGCCGUGACAGACCAGUGGGGAGUUUUGAAGUGGGGAAGGGAUGUUUUUGUAUAGAGGGUUUUUUUUAGCAGUUGAUGAUGGCGUAUUUUCGAAAGUAAGAGGAAUAAACUUUAGGGGAAGCGGAGGUCAAGGUGCAGAGCAGCAUGUUCAACUGAGUGAUGCAAAAUUGGGAAGGUUAUUUUAUGAGUCAAAAUAUAAUACAGAAAAGCCACCAAAAAUUAUUUGUUAAAAAAUGCAAAAAGACAAAUAAAAAGAGACAGAGAUGAUAAUCUGUUUAUAUUUCUAAUAAAGGAGCAAAAUAUAAAAAUAGGGCCUGCUAAGAGACAUUUUCCAUUCUAAUUCAAUAUUCACUUUGACUAUCAAUUGGGGCUGGGGGGUAGAGUAGAAGACAUACUGUAAAACUCUGAAUAUUGGUUGCCUCUUGGGAUAGACUAAGGAUUUUUAAAUCUUUACAUGAUCAUCUUCUCUUCUCUUUUUCACCUUUCCUUUCUUUUUCCCCCCUUUCUGUGCCCUAGACUUCUAUUUGAUUUAUAUUUAAUGUUUAUUUCUGAAGAUCAAGUGGUAUAUUUUUCCUAAACGAGACAUAAAUUAUAUUUCUAUUCAUUAGGUGAAUUCUCAGAAACAAUGUCAAUUAAUCCAUCUUUUAAGUAGUAAUGUUAAUGCUUUUCUAUAUCCCUCCAGUUCUGUUGGUAUCUGCUGGCUUUUUGCCACUACAGGGAGCUCUCAGAGCCUUCUGUGAGGGGAAGGAAGCUGCCUUUGAUCCAUCAAUACCAUUUCCCUAGGGCUAAAUCCAGUGGGUCCAAAUGGGACGUGGCCAGCAGAAUGGAGCCCACUCUGGGCCACCUGCCCACUCAGUGACUCCAUCCCUGUUGUUGGGAGAUGCCCCUACAUGGGGAGAUGUUGGGUCAAGACCAAAAGAGAGACAAUGUCCAAAAAUGAUCAGAAUCAACCUGGUGGGUUGGGUCUAUCACGGGACAUAACCAGUGUUGGAAAUGAACAAAGAUAAAAACUCUUUGGGGGGUUGUAAGGGUUUUUUCCUACUUUGUUGGGCAGGGUGUACCAGCAUAAACUCAAAAGAUAAAAUCUAUGUUAGAUUGCCAAUCAACUGUGUUUUUGAACAGCAUAAUUGUGUAGCAGCACAUUGCAGGAAAGCAUUCAUCCAAAGUGUACGUUGGCAAAGAACACCAUGGCGGAGUAAAACAAACUCCUUCAUGAGCACCUGACUCCAGUUCUCUGUGUACUUGGGCUGCGGGAGGAAGACAUCAGCAAGCAUCGAAUGCUCUCAGCAGGGAGACGCUCACAGAGAUACCAGAGAUGUUGGUUGUCUUUAUUUUUUUAAUUACUAAAAUCAGUAGCUAAGAAAGGGUCCUUGAAGCCUCAUAAUGUUGGACCUUUUAAAAAUAUAUUUGUAGCACAUGUUAUAGACCGAAAGAAGAUAUUUAUUUAUACCUGUGAUACCAAUUGUCAUUAAAAUGCUUUUCCAUGGCUUGACAA